AUGCUUCCAACGCCAUCAACAUCCCAUGUCAAUUACGACCAGAUUUACGAGCCCGCAGAGGACUCGUACUUACUCUUGGACACCCUCUCCUCACCCAGUGAGACUGCAUUUCUCAGGAAUCACUUUCCAACAGGUACAAAUGCACCUCUCCUCCUUGAAGUCGGACCGGGAUCGGGCGUUGUACUAGCUUUCGUCACUGCAAAUGCAGAGCACAUCUUCGGGCGAACAGAUGUUGCGGCGAUGGGCGCGGAUGUGAAUAUGUUCGCAUGCAGAGCUACAGCACAAACAAUCAAAGGCGCUAUCCUUGAGAACAAGUCCAAAGCAGGCUCAUUCCUGGAUGUCAUCUCCACCGAUCUGACGAGCUCAUUCGUGGCUGGUUGCGUGGAUGUGCUCAUCUUCAACCCGCCAUAUGUACCGACCGAAGAGCUGCCUCCGAACCCACAGGAAGCAGUGGCUGGAGUAUCGCUGAACUCACACGAAGCUUUCGAGCGCGAUUCGCACCUGCUAGCCCUUUCGUAUGCUGGGGGCGCAGAUGGUAUGGAGACAACAAACCGCUUGCUGGCUCAGCUUCCCAAUGUGCUGAGCAAAAGAGGCAUCGCGUAUGUAUUACUUUGCGCGCAGAACAAGCCGAAGGAUGUCGCAGCAAGAAUCGGUGCAUGGCCUGGCGGAUGGUCGGUUGUACUGGUAGGAUCCAGUGGCAAGCAAGCUGGCUGGGAGAAGCUGUGCAUCCUGCGCAUCCGGCGAGAGCAAAGAGACUGA